UCCUCCCCGGUGCGCAUUGCGCUCGUGUUCGCGCUCUCGCGUGGACGCACGGCGUCGCCCCUGUCCACGUUAUUCCAUAUUAUAUAUAUUUUUUUCCAAAACAACGAAUUUUAAUUCCGGGAGUCUGGUCAUUGACCCUCGGCGCCCCGUAAGAUGUCCCAGCUGCCCGCCGACAGCAGCAGCAGCAGCAGCAGCAGCGGUGUCCCCUCGACGGGCGCAGCGAGCGGGGACGGCGACAUCCCGCCAGCCGAGGUAGGCGGCGGGAGGCGGGCGCCGGCCGCGGCGCAGCCUGACGAGCACCGGGGAGGCCCGAUGGCGGAGGCCCGGGGAGGCCCGAUGGCGGAGGCCAGGGACGAGCCGCUGGCGGCGGCCAGGGAUGGACCGGUGGUCCCGGUGGCGGCGGCGGCCAGGGGAGGCCGGAUGGUGACGGCCCGGGAAGGCCGGAUGGCGGAGGCUAGGGGAGGAGGCCCGGUGGCGGCGGCCAGGGGCGGCCCGAUGGCGGCGGCGGCGGCGGCGGCCAGGGACGCCCGGAUGGCCGAGGUAGCUCGACUUUUGGGGGAACCAUUGGAAGAAGAAGCUCCCGAGAGCAGACCCCGGUCUCGAUCCGGGAACGCCGGGGCGCUGGCUGCGCUGCCCUAUCUCCGCCUCCGACACCCCCUUAGCGUGCUAGGCAUCAAUUACCAGCAGUUCCUUCGCCAUUACCUGGAGAAUUACCCGAUCGCUCCCGGCAGGAUCCAGGAGCUGGAAGAACGCCGGCGGAGAUUUGUGGAAGCGUGCCGGGCCCGGGAGGCCGCGUUCGAUGCCGAGUAUCAUCGAAAUCCUCAGCGGGUGGACUUCGACAUUUUAACGUUUACCAUAGCCCUGACCGCCUCCGAAGUGAUCAAUCCCCUGAUCGAAGAACUUGGGUGCGAUAAGUUUAUCAAUAGGGAGUAGCUCCCGGGACGCCACCAACCACUCCGAGAAAACCUCUGCUUUCAAGUCAAAUCCAUCCUGCAACUUGGUUUUGGUGUUCCUUUUGGUUGUUUGUUUUUUUUUUAAGUCUAGAGUGAGGGCCCCAGCUGGAGAAAAACAACAUCAGAAAAGAAAUAGAGGGGCUUGGGGGGGCGGGGGAGGGCGGGGAGAGGCAACGGUGGAGCAGUGUAACCUGGCAGGCCCUAGGGCCUCCCCUCCCCUCCUCCCUGGGUUCUAUUCCCAGCCCUGCAAAAUAAAAUAAUCAUCCUAAUAAAUUUGAAGAGUAGAAAAAAAAGAUAAUGUUGAAACCACUGGACAACUCCUGUAAUGUUGACUUUUGAGUUUGUGAUUGAUCUAGGAGUUUGUGCUUGCUCUAGAUUUUUUCCCCCUUUCCCUGGCGUUAUAAAAAUGAUCUCUCCCCCCCCCCAUGUGACUUC